CUUUCAGAUUUGAAUGGGCAUUGUCGAAAAAAUUGCUGAGAUCGAGCGAGAAAUCGCACGGACGCAAAAGAAUAAAGCUACUGAGUACCAUCUCGGUCUCCUGAAGGCGAAGCUUGCAAAAUACCGCCAACAGUUAUUGGAACCUGUGGGAGGCAAGGGAGGAGCUAAGGGAGAUGGCUUUGAUGUUAUGAAAAGUGGGGAUGCUCGUGUCGCAAUGGUUGGAUUCCCUUCUGUGGGAAAAUCAACACUUCUUUCAAAUAUGACUAGCACUCAGUCCGAAGUGGCUGGAUACGAAUUUACCACACUAACUUGUAUUCCUGGCGUUAUUAAUUACCAAGGGGCUAACAUUCAACUUCUUGAUCUUCCUGGAAUCAUUGAAGGAGCAUCUCAAGGCAAAGGACGCGGACGACAGGUGAUUGCUGUUGCUAAGACUGCUGAUGUAAUUCUAAUGAUGCUUGAUGCGGGCAAAUCCGAUCAACAACGACCCCUUUUGGAGAAAGAGCUGGAAAGUGUCGGAAUUCGUUUAAAUAAACAACCGCCACACAUCUAUGUGAAGCAGAAAAAGGUUGGCGGUGUAAAAUUCACUCACACUACUCCAUUGACACAUUGUAAUGAGAAGAUGAUCAUGACAAUUCUACAUGAAUAUAAGAUAUUCAAUGCGGAUGUUGUUUUUCGCGAAGAUGCAACUGUGGACGAGUUCAUCGAUGUCAUACAGGGGAAUCGGGUUUACAUUCCUUGCUUAUAUGUGUACAAUAAGAUCGAUCAAAUAUCUAUAGAAGAAGUCGACCGUUUAGCGAGGUUACCGCACCAUGUCGUCAUUUCUUGUGAAAUGAAUCUGAAUAUGGACUAUCUUCUGGAGAAAAUAUGGGAAUACUUAGCCUUAGUGCGUGUAUAUACGAAGAAACCUGGAAAUGCUCCGGAUUUAGGUGAGUUGUGCACCUUUGUUAUGGCUGUACCUAUUUUGCGAAAGCUUUCACGGCUGAAGAUGCCUAUUUCUCUCCAAUUCCGAUAUGCUAUUGUUUGGGGAACCAGUACCAAAUUCUCUCCGCAAAGAGUUGGUAUCCAUCACAAACUAGAUCACGAGGAUGUGAUACAAAUAGUCAAAAAAUGA